AUGGCAGAUAUUCUUCUUGUGUAUGCGAAAGAACAUCCAUUUGCCAACUAUCGUCAAGGAAUGCACGAAAUUCUCGCUCCAUUAAUAUUCGUGAUAAACUUGGAUAAUGAAGCUUUUCAACAUGCGAAAGAGAAUGAUGAGCUGAAAAUGCUGACAGUGGAAGAGGAAGAUAUUCUUAAUUGUCUGUUUUGCAAGGAGUACCUAGAACAAGAUAGCUAUAAUUUGUUUUGCGCUGUCAUGUUGGAAGUUUCGAGAUGGUACGAAGAGCCGACGCAUUCAGAAACUCCGAAGCAACACAUUACUAAAGAACCAUAUAUGAGAGUUCAAGACUCCGUGCCUUCAUCUCGUUUGAUGGAAGAUCUCGUCGAUAUCGGAAAUCUUCUGCAGGAAACUGACCCUACGCUCGCGAAACAUCUCAGUUCUCUUGAUAUCCCUCCGCAACUAUAUGGAAUACGAUGGCUGCGAUUACUAUUUGGUCGUGAAAUUCCUCUCCACGACUUGCUUUUUCUCUGGGACGUACUUCUUAUCGACCGUCCGAUUGCUCCAUUAGCAAAAUGCAUUUUCGUCUCACUUUUAGUUCAGAUCAGGCACUUACUGCUGACCUCAGAUUAUGGGGGGUGUCUACAAUAUCUCAUGAGGUACCCUCCGAUAGCAGACAUCGAUUCAUUUGUGAAACUAGCUCGGCAUUAUCGGAAUCCAAAAAAAAAUGCGAAACCGAUGAUGAAGUCGAAUAAUUUUUCUCACAUAACUAUUGCCGGAAGCAGUCACCCAAACAGAACACAGCGACCACAAAGACCGCUAGUAGUAUCAGAAAGGAAGAAAGAUGAUUUAGAAUCUCCUCCCACUAUUCUCGCCCUUGCUCCUGUUCUCCAAAAGAUGAAAAACACUAUUCGUGACCGUUCAAAUACUGUUUCGGUACCUUCGUCUCCAAGACGGUCAGCUGAGAUAUUAACAACUCCCAAAAAGAACGAUAAUUGGGCGAAAGAAGUGCAAAUGAUGGAGGAACAAGUUUCUACUCUUCAGACUCGUUUAAAUGAGCAGGAUAUGAUGUGCUGUCAAAUCUCGAAAGCACUUGAAAUAUGUGCAGAGGAUGUUCGAAAUGCAAAAUCUAAUGAUCAAUGUGAAUCACUUGCCCAACAUUUAUUAGAGCUGAGCAAAACACUCGUUUCAAUAAAAACAGUUCCUGUUGUUCCAAGCCCUCCUAGAAACGGGAAGAACAAUGUUGAUUUCAAACAAAGAGUUCGGGAUCCACCUCCUAUCCGCCAAGUCAACGAAAUGGUCGACAUGACCGCCAGGCGAACUCAACUGUAA